AUGUUGACUCUGAUGGGAAUGCGUCCUGGGGAGUUUAUUGAAUCAUCAAACUGGAAAGAAUCGAAUGAAGGGCUGCUUUAUCGCGAUGUGAAGCUGCUCAGGUCUUCAGAAGCUGAUGGAGGAUUCAUGCUACAUGUACAACUACGGAACCGUAAAGGCCACAGGCAUAAUCAUAAGCAGGGCGCACUGAUGCUUUUGACUGAGGAGCCAGAAGAUCGCGCGCUUUGUCCGGUCACAUACUUCCUGGCGCUCGCGCUCGCAGAUGGUGUCUUUGAAGGCUGCAAAACACUCUCCGACCUCCAGUCUAUGAAGCCGUCCCCUGGUAGUUCCUAUUGCGAAUUCCCUUAUCAUGCGGAUGUAGGAAAUCUGCCAAUCUUACGGUGUUGCCAACCAGACGGAUCGAUUUCGCCGACAAGAAUACUAACCUACUAUGGUUUCCAUUGGAUGAUCCGAAGCUUGGGGCAGAGAGCAGGCUACAAGGACAAACUGACUGCAUACUGCUUUCGUCGUGGUUAUGGAAAUGCGAUUGACAAAAUUGUCACAGCUGCACAGAGACAGCAGCUGAUGGGGCAUGCUAACCCAAAUAUCUUCCAAACUUACAUUUCUUCUAUGAUCGGGAUCGAUUCGCAAAGUGUCGUUCUCGGGAGAGAUCAGCGUAUGGAGCUUAUCAACAACCACAGUUCGAUGAUGCUCCACCGGAAUCUACUAGCCCCUAUGCCUCCUAGAUCCCAGCUAGCAGAGAAAAGUUCACUCAAUACAUGUCACCACGAUUCGGACCUUCCAUACGACAAGCGGAAGUAUUUGCAGAGGACAGCCUUCGAAGAAGAGCGACAGCAGUUUUUCCAAGGCAGGUCUACUGCGACUAGCUCAACAUCGAGUGACGGUACCCGAACGCCCUCUCGAUAUCUUAAGGCGUUAUUGAAGUUUGAGGUGAGCCGCUAUCAAGCUGUGAUGCUUAUGUACCCAGACCUCAAGUCUGAUGGUAAUGAGCAUGACAAGGACAACGAGACCCUUGAUCACGAGAGCUGUGAGACAGCUAAGAUGACGAAUCCGACUCAUUGUUGCGUUACACUUGAGCAAAUAGUCCAUCCACUUCAAAGUAUCGCAAAUGCACACAAACAGGGUUUCGAAUACGGAGGUGCAGAAACUAUUGAAAAUGGAUGUUGCAGCUUCUGUAAGAAGCGGCUUGACGGGUAUUUCUUCGAUGCGCAUUCGUUACGCAGGCACAUGGAGAAUCAUUUGAAGAACGCCCUCUAUCCCUUCAAAUGUCCUCAUCCUUCGUGUUCAACUAACCUGCACACUGCAGACCUUUUCUGGAAGCACGCAGUGUCUGUUCAUGGGACACCGCCUCGGCAUGGAACCAAAAUAACCGGUAAGCGCAAAUCGCCGUGUGAGGACGACCCACAGGAAGAGUAG